CGGUGGGCGUGUCAGGUUUUUUGUAAGAAGGAAACCAUCAAUACAACGCCUUGAUUCGAUCCCCGGGAGUUAAAGAGUUUUCUGUCGUCUCUUACUUCGAAGUUCAGAAGUCCGUGGCCUCGUGAAAAUCAGGAGAGAGGGAACGAAGCAGUGGGUGAAGUGAAGCAGAUGGAGAGCAGUGAAGAAGAAGACGACUUCCCCUCAAUCGAAUCGGUGACUCCACAAUCCAAUAUCGACGCCGUUUACCAGUCCAAGACUGAAAAGGUUUGUUGAACCCAGAUUUUGUCGGUGAUCUAACCUUGAUUUGGGGCCAAAAACCUCGAUAAGGUUUUCUUCUGCGAAGACGAAGAUGAAGAUUGGGAAAUCUCAACUGGUCAAACCUAGAUCUGGGUUUUGAGAAUACAAAAGAAGAAUCUAUUCAGGGGAAGAGGGUGGUUCGCUGAUCAGAAAAAGAAAAGAAAAGAAGAUUCUGAAAAAGGGAGUAUACCUAUUUUAAGGCCUUAGCUCGGAGGUGGUGGUGUAAUUAACCUUACACUCUAGAAUGUCUGCAUUAGAAGUCAAGGGAAUCAGAAAGCUCUGUUUUGAGCUUUUGGAUUUAAAGGAUGCAGUGGAGAACUUGUGUGGUAAUUCCCGUACAAAGUACUUGGCCUUCUUGAGGUUGGCAUGUAAAUCAAGGCAAUGCAUGUAUUUCAAGGCAAGGCAUGAAUAUCGAGGUAGCCCGAUAAGCUUAAAAAGGUUAUCUGAAGAAGUGGUGGAAACGGAGCAUGGGAUGAAUGAGCUUCGCAAGCAUAUUUCUACUCAAGGGAUUGUUGUGCAGGAUUUAAUGACUGGUGUGUGUCAUGAACUGGAUGAGUGGAAUAAAGCUAGUGGUGGCAUCCAGGAAGCCGAUCAAAAUCUUGAAAAUUGUGAACUGAAAGAUCCUUUGCUGAAUGAAGCAGAAGAUCAGGAGAUGUUAUUUUUCGAGAAUGUUGAUGUUCUCUUAGCUGAGCAUAAAGUGGAAGAGGCACUGGAGGCAUUGGAUGCUGAAGAGAAAAAUAAUCCAGAGCUGAAAGGAUUAGGAGAUAAUUCAUCUAUUGAGCCAUCAUCAUAUAAGUCUGCUUUUCUGAAAAGGAAGACAAUGCUUGAGGAUCAACUAGUUGACAUCAUUAGACAACCAGUAGUCAGUGCUCUUGAAUUGAAAAAGGCUUUAUCAGGAUUACUGAAGCUAGGCAAAGGGCCUUUGGCACAUCAACUACUGCUGAAAUCUUAUGGGUCUCGACUUCAGAAAAGCAUUGAGGCUUUUCUUCCAUCCAGUCCUUGUUAUCCAGAAACAUAUUCAGCCUCAUUAUCUAACCUUGUAUUUUCUGCAAUCUCAUUGACCGCAAAAGAUUCUGGUUUGCUGUUUGGAGACAACCCUGUUUAUACCAACAGAGUCAUUCAAUGGGCAGAAUGGGAAAUUGAAAAUUUUGUACGGUUGGUUAAAGAGAAUGCGCCUCCUUCUGACUCAAUUUUAGCUUUACGUGCAGCUAGUAUCUGUGUUCAGGCUAGUCUUAAUCACUGCUCUGCAUUGGAGUCACAAGGUCUGAAACUCUUGAAGUUGCUUUUGGUGCUUUUGAGGCCAUACAUAGACGAAGUGUUGGAGUUGAAUUUUAGACGGGCUAGAAGACUGGUUCUUGAUUUUUCUGCAACUGAUGAGGACUUGCCAUUGUCACCUCGCUUUGCGUCUCCAUUGUCUAUUUUUGCGACAUUGUCUGAUAAUUUGCUUAGUAGUAGUGGAAUGAGAUUCAUUUUCAUUGUAAAGGACAUCGUGGAGCAGCUAACUCCCCUAGUCAUUAUUCACUUUGGAGUCAAUGUUUUGACUAGAAUUUCACAGGUUUUUGAUAAAUAUGUUGAUACUUUGAUUAAAGCUUUACCUGGCCCAUCUGAAGAUGACAGCCUUACAGAGUUGAAGGAAGAUGUACCUUUUAGAGUUGAAACUGAUUCUGAACAGCUUGCACUACUGGGAACUGCUUUCACUGUUGCCGAGGAACUAUUACCAAUGGUUGUGUCAAGAAUUUGGAAUGCACUAAAUGAAAGUAAGGAGGCAGGGAAUGGACUUGUUGACAGCAUCAUGUCACCAGCAAAUAGUAUGAUAGAACCUAAGGAUUGGAGGCGUCAUCUCCAGCAUUCGUUGGACAAACUCAGAGAUCAUUUUUGUCGACAGUAUGUGUUGAAUUUCAUUUAUUCCAGAGACGGGAAAACAAGAUUGGAUGUACAGAUCUAUAUAAAUGGUUUUGGAGAGGAUGUUUGGGAUUCUGACCCUCUGCCCUCACUACCUUUCCAGGCACUAUUUGGGAAGCUGCAGCAGUUGGCAACUGUGGCUGGAAAUGUGUUACUUGGAAAAGAGAAGAUACAGAAAAUUUUGCUUGCCAGGCUAACAGAGACUGUCGUAAUUUGGUUAUCUGAUGCAGAAGAGUUCUGGGGUGUGUUAGAAGAUGAUGCUGUUCCUCUUCAACCACAAGGGUUGCAACAGUUAAUUCUAGACAUGCACUUUACUGUUGAAAUUGCACGUUUUGCGGGUUACCCAUCCCGACACAUCCACCAGAUAGCGUCUUCCAUAAUAGCUCGAGCGAUCAGGACUUUCUCUGCUCGGGGCAUAGACCUUCAAAGCGCGCUUCCCGAGGAUGAAUGGUUCGUUGAAACGGCAAAGACGUCAAUAAACAAGCUGCUACGGGGGAACUCGGAGUCUGAUACAUCAGACCUUGAUGAACACAUCAUUAUAAAUGAUGAAGGCCACAUCAUAAUGAACGAGGAGGUCGUCUCAGACUCUGAUGAGUCGCCUUCCUCGCUCUCAUCAGAAGACACCUUGGAGUCGUUUGCGUCAGCCCAGAUGGACGAACUGGAGAGCCCCGGCUACUCCACUGAUCCAGAAAGCUGAUAUCUCCAAUCAAAUUGCUUGUUAAUUAGAAGUAGUGGAUCUUUUAGGAAGCAACCCUGUAGCAUGGAGGCUGUGCCGCUGGUCAAAGAUGUAUAAGUUCUGGUUAAAAUGAACAUGGCCAAAUGCAGUUUUAAGGAUUAAGAAAUAUGUAUUCUGUUGUUGUUGUUGUUGUUCUUGUUCCCAUUCAUUCAGAAUGGUUUAGUCUUUUCAAAUUUUAGGGCGGUUUGCAGCUGCCAGCUGGGCCUCCUGAAUUCUUCUUUUGAUUUUGUGGUAUAUACAUGAGCUGGCGCAGCAUA